UUGUUUAUCAACCUGCUAAUAAAAAUAAAAUCAUAGCAGAAGAUAAUGAAGAAACUUUUUUAUCUUCAGUUCAACAAUUGUCAAUAUUAUCUAUAUUAAUAAAAACUUAUGAAAAUAUUUAUUUUAAUAUUCAAAAUACAGAAAGUACCAUUAAAUUUUUUGAAAAUCUUGAAAUUCUUUCUAUAAUACAUCUUUGUUCUAAAUGUCAAAGUUUUAUGCAUAAAACAAAAGAUAAUUCCUGUAGUGAUAAACAAAAAUAG